AUGAACAGGUGGGUGCGCAUCACCGUGCAGGCGACCAUGAUUGCGCCGACGCUGGCGGCGGUAAACAUGGUCAGCACGGUGACGUGCCGGGAGAAGACCAGAUCGGCGCCGGCCUUCGUCUUGCGCAGCAGCAGCGUGUUUGUCGCAAAGGUCCAGUACACGGCGCCGGCCCAGUUGCCGACAAACGUCAGGAUGCCGACCGCGACGACGUUGAAGUCCGAAAUUCCAUUGUACGCGCUCGACAGGUCGACGGAAGAGAUGGAGUUUGUGCCGCCAAAAGCGAAGAAUGUGGCAAACUGGAGCAGUAGGGUCGUCGUUGACAGCUCCUCUGGUGUGAGAGGCUGGGAGCUGAUGAAUUUGAAAAUGACGUCGAGGAUGAGAAACAGGGGCACGUUGGUGGCGCGGGACUGCGUCAUGGCGAAGAGGAGUCAGCGAGCCAUGUUCCUUGGGUCUGCAAUCUGGGUCAGGGAUGCAUCAGACAAACCUGUGGCUUUCUUUGACCGGCCAAGCUUGGUGACCAUGGAGAAAAUCACCCAGGCAGCGCCAAUGGACAGGCCGAUAAAUACAGCGCGGGCGCGGUUCAAUAGUGAUGCGCUUCCAGUAAAGUUGAGUAAUAUUUCUGCAAAACCAGGUACUAUCUCGGGGGAUUCUUCGUAUGUGAAUGCCAACUUGAAGGACAAGGCAGCCAGGACGAUUGUGGUGGUGCCUGUGAUGUUGACCGGUGUUGGCAGACCACUGAAGCCCCUGAGCAGCUCGCGGUAA